GCUCGGUGUCGCUGCUCUUCCUGCUGUGAUGUAGCGCAGCUGAAUUAACCGUACCGUUCGAUGUGUUUGAAUAAACUAAAUAACACUUAACCUUUAUUCAUUCGUCCGGUUUGUGAAGGUCACAUUCUCCCGGGAUUAUGGGGGACAAAGCGGGCACCCGGGUAUUUAAGAAGUCCAGUCCAAACUGCAAGAUUACAGUAUACUUGGGGAAAAGGGAUUUUGUGGAUCACUUAGAUCAGGUGGAUCCUGUAGAUGGAGUCAUACUGGUUGACCCUGAAUAUCUCAAAGACCGAAAAGUAUUCGUGACAUUAACCUGUGCCUUCCGUUAUGGACGGGAGGACCUGGACGUUCUCGGACUUUCCUUCAGGAAGGAUCUGUACAUAUCCACGUUUCAAGCUUUCCCACCGAUACCGGAGGAGCGCAAGCCCAACAGUCGUCUCCAGGAGAGACUCCUGAAGAAAUUGGGCCAGCAAGCGCAUCCUUUUCACUUUACUAUCCCACAAAAUUUGCCAUGUUCUGUUACUCUGCAGCCCGGUCCUGAGGACACUGGAAAGGCCUGUGGGGUAGAUUACGAGAUAAGAGCUUUCUGUGCCAGGUCUGUGGAGGAGAAGAUUCAUAAACGAAAUUCUGUUCGUUUAGUGAUUCGUAAAGUGCAGUACGCUCCUGAGAAGCCCGGUCCUCAGCCCAUGGUGGAGACAACACGCAGCUUCCUGAUGUCUGACCGCUCUCUGCACCUAGAGGCAUCUCUAGAUAAAGAGCUGUAUUACCACGGGGAGCCUAUCAGUGUGAACGUUCACGUCACCAACAACUCAACCAAGACCGUCAAACGAGUAAAAAUAUCAGUGCGGCAGUAUGCUGACAUCUGUCUGUUCAGCACAGCUCAGUACAAAUGUCCAGUGGCUCAACUUGAGGCAGAUGACCAGGUAUCAUCCAGCUCCACAUUCUGUAAGGUGUACACUCUCACUCCUACCUUGAACAAUAACCGAGAGAAGCGAGGGCUGGCUCUGGAUGGCAAGCUCAAGCACGAAGAUACCAACCUGGCCUCCAGCACCAUUGUUAAAGAUGGAUGUAAUAAGGAGGUUCUGGGCGUCCUGGUGUCGUACCGAGUCAAAGUGAAGCUGGUCGUCUCCCGUGGAGGACUUUUAAGCAGCUUACUGGAGAGAGAUGUCUCGGUUGAGCUGCCGUUUGUCUUAAUGCAUCCUAAACCCAUAGAUGUUCCCACUUCUCGGCCAGCCUCAGCUGUGCCAGAGGCAGACCCUCCAAUCGACACCAAUCUCAUAGAGUUUGACACAAAUAGUUUCACCCAGGACGAUGACUUGGUGUUUGAAGAUUUUGCCCGUCUGCGGUUAAAAGGAACCACUGAUGAUAAGGAUGAGGACUGCUGAGCCUUUUUUCCUCCAUCUUAUUUUUUCCCCACUCAGCCCAGAAACUUACAGCAUGAAGAAAAAAAAUCACCCAACUAAUUUACUCAUAAUGAACAAUCUUUCUUAACGAAUCUCCUUCCUGGUCGUCCUAUCCUUCUUUUGAUAAAGCAGUGUUUUGACAAACGUUUUUCCGAAUAAGUUUAAGGAAAGGUGCUGUAACUUAAAGAGCAUUGAACAAAGGAAAAGAAAAUGAACCUCCUUUUCUUAUGAAUAAAUAAUGAUCCCUUUUGCCAAGCGUCGAUGUAGGAAACCUAGAUACUGCAUUAGCCACUGUAUCCAACUACUCAGAUACGUCAUCGAUUAAGUAAGAGAGAUGCAGGUCUACGUUCAUUCGUACCAAAUUAGCUUCAUUAAAGAGACACAUUUCCAAACUUUGCAGGUAAUUAGAAGAUACCUGCACUGCCGAUAAUUUGAUUAAGCGUAACUGCUUAGAAAUGUAGGCAAAGCAGUUGGACGUCUCCUGAUAAGCAUUUGGGGAGAAAUUAUCAUGAUGCAUGAGAAGACUGGUCAAUCUUGUGCAAGCUUAAAACACAAAAUAUAAGCCUCAUGUAUACAUGGCUUUACAAACACCACAUUCAAUACAGAACAGCAGAUAGCAUUGCUAUCUCUCAGCCUUAUCUGUGCAGAGUUUUGCAUGUUCUGCCUGUAUCUGCAUAAGUUUCCUUUCGCUUAUGAUAUGCUUUAGCAGACUGGUGUCAGAACACGAGCAGAGUAACACUGUGUUGGAAGAUAACAAACAGGUGCAGUAAUUGAUUAAAGUCCAAUACACUUUUUAGUGUCACAAAAUAAAAACACAAAUAUAAGCCUCAUGUAUACAUGACUUUACAAACACCAUAUUCAAUACAGAACAGCAGAUAGCAUUAAGUGUUCAAUUAAGUUCAAUUAAGUGAAUAUCAUCUCAUGGUCAGUUAGCAGUUCGUUCUGUGUGUGGGCUGAACAAAAUCUGGUGUUUGCACCAGGUUCUGUAAACAGAAAACAAGGCAGGUGGCACAGACCACUGCCACCCAACAUUAUUCCAGCCAAUUAACAACAUUGGAGGAUAAAUAUAUAUAUAUAUAUAUAUAUAUAUAUAUAUAUAUACUCAAUUACAGGAAUGUAGAAAUGAGAGAUGGGGGAAUGGGGGCAUUGGGAGUGAGAGCAGCAAAUUGUUAGUAUCGCUUCUGAGGCGAUACUCCAGUAUCAGAUUUUUUCUGUAAUAUUCACAAGCUAUGAAGGUAAUGUCAUGAUAAACAGCCUACUUAAGUAAAUGGAAUUUAUUCCAACUAGAAAUUUUACUGCUAAACUCACUAUAUAGAUCUGUACUUGCACUACCAGUCAUUACAAUUAGAGAAUUAAUGAGGCAGAGGUGGAGAAGCCCUCACCCAUUAAACAGUUAUAAACCGUGAGCCCACCUCAUCAGCACCCGUGGCUCUCUCGCCAAGCCCGGCACACGUUCACAAAUUUGUUAAAUCUAAAUCCGCAUUCUCUUGAUUAGAGGGGUCACUGAUUCUUGUAUCUAGAUACUCUGUAGAUUUUAGAGUUGUGUCUGUUUAUCCUAAUGUGGCAUCUAGGUGUCCUACAUUGUGCCAACCUUUUGAGGUUAAAUACAAAAAAAGAUGGAUUUUGGAAAGGAAAUCCAAAUUGUGAGAAUUUCUGUUUUGUUGUGCUGUGAUAUCUUGAAGUUGAUUUUGAAACGCCUUUUUAGCUUAAUUUCUACAACGUGUUUUGACAUUAGUAAAUGCGUAUUAAUAUUCUUAAUUAUGAGUUAUCACACAAACACGAGUAUUGGGAAUUGGAGGGGAAGCAUUGUUAUGCACAACCUCUGCAUCAUGUGUCACGAAGAGCUCAUUAGCUAACAGUUAAGCAGUUUAAACAUGAUUAAUACUAAUGGGAUGUCUGUUUGUGUUGUUCAUGGCAUAAUGUGUCCAACCCUCAGGUACACUGGCUCAUUCCUUCUUCAUUCACAGAGAUGUGACAGAACCGGUGCUGGUAGGGAGUGUGCUUGAGUCGAGCACGUCAGAAGGGCGUUUACGUUUACCAUACAGCACCUUCAUGUGUAGAUAAACAUGCUACUUUUGGUAAAAAAAAAAGUCAUGAUGUCUCAGAUGGGAAAAGAAAAAUUACCUUCAUGUUAAAACAACUUUAAUAACUGUGACAUGCCAUUGUUUUCCAUUUCCUUUUUUUAUUUUAUUUCAGAAUUUAUUUAAUUUUUUUAAUAAAAUAUAAAAUGCCAAA